UAAAUAGAUAAGAGCAAAAUCAGAUAGCUGAGACUCAUGAUCUACCUAGCCUGCCUGCACCAGCUAUUGAGAAAGUUUCAUUGAUGCAUUCUGAUCAAAACCAUGCCAAACCAGAAGGAGGAUAAAGGAGCUGUGAAGAAAGGCACUAAGAGAAAAUCAAAAGAUAAUUCAAAUGCAGGGCCAGAAUCAAAACAAAGCAAGGAAUCCGCUGCUUCAAGCAGUACAGUGUCGAGAAGGAAAGAUGGGACGCUGGAUUUUCCCGACCAUCCCCGGUUUAGACCGAACCGAACUCCGAAGGAGGUCCUGCAGGCGGGCAGCUUUGGUGGGACGUACUUCCGUCCAAUCAAAUCCGGCGUAACUGGCGAGUCAUACAAGGACGUGUGGAAGGAACUGCCGCAGGACUGGCUGGAGGGUCUCAACAUCAAGCGGCAGGUGGCGUCCAGCAUCUAUGAUGAGUCGGUGAACAAGUACGGUAAAAAGUGCGGCGGCAGCCUGGAGAUGUGGGAACAGUCGGGAUGGAUCGUCAAACAGGACCCCUACGGCUGGUUCCAGUGGUACUGCAGGUUCUACCAGGGACGCCGGACAGAGGACGACGAGCGGCAGAUUGGCCGCUGGGACCGCUGUGCCGGCGAGAAAGGACGCUGGAAAAACAACCUCAUCGGAAAGGUGGUCCGGAGCGGCUGUGCGUUCGACAACCCCGCCGUGUCGCCGGUGGUUCGUCAGACGCUGCUCCACUGGGGCUACGAGCUCACCGAGCAUGACUACAAAAUCGGCGCCAAGCGAGUAAAAAAGUGAGUCAACGUGGCGCACGGCGACAGCCGCGCCGGCGAGUGAAGACGGGGAUGACCGAUCUCGGCUGUCAGGUCACUGAGCAGUGGACAGCUGUCAGCUGAUGUUACCAACUGUUAGGUGACAGGUCUGAUCGCCAGUUGUUUGACACUGCAGACGCAUCCCCUUGUUAGACACAGCUGUGUUUGGAUGUCUGUAACCCAUGCCUCAGGGAAACUGACUUCGGCAUGGGCCUGUGUCGAGACAUUUUGACACAUUGACACCACCCACUCGCGAUCACUGAGUAGUCUGUUUUCAUUAUCGUUAUUAUUUAACGACACAUCAGUCAUUCACCAGCUAUUCUACUGUUCGAAUUUGAUCUUGUGUUUUGUCCUGAAGGGCGGCUGUGCCCGAAAUAUAAAUAUGCAUGUUUUUGGAUUUAAAGUUUCGAAUGUUAAUGAGGAUGAGGUAAAUACCGUUAUGUUAACUAUUAGCAUCAAUCUCACUGAGCGACGUUACGAACCACGUCAUCACCGAUUAAUCGGCCACUUUUUGUUUUGUUGGGUUAGGCCCUUUCGGUCCAAUUAGACCAUUUCAGAGCCGGAAGGAUGAUAGGAUUUAGGGGGAGACAUUGGUCUGGGCAGGCACCCUAGUGAGUCGCCGGGGCUGAGCCCGUCCAAAGGACAGGCCACCCAGCCCCAAGGCACUCACUGCACCCGGCUACGGGGUGCGCUCCCUCGGGAGCAGCGGUGCCGCUCCAAGGGAGCAGCCCGCAUGAGAUAAAGUUGCCUGUCCAGCCCGGAGGGUGGUUGCGGCGUGGAGGAGAAGGAUUUCUGUAUCCUGAGGAUAGAAGCAUGGAACGGAGGGAAUCGGCCACUACUCGACUAGCCGUCUUACGGUGGCAUCUCCACCACUCCAUAGAGAGGACGGUCGCUUGUUGUCUGGGGAUCUGAGCGGAUCUG